ACGGGCAACUUUCAUCACUGUAUUGCGUUCUCUUGUGUUUGCAUAGCCAUGCGUUGUUUUCUUCGGUGUUAGAACCACUGAUGGGAUGGAAGAUGCAUUUUCUUGUUGGCGUUCUCCAGGGGCACAAAAAAUGGAUGAUUCACGAUUGCUGUAUACCCCUCACGGCCCUUGUGGUCGGACUAGGCGCGCAUUUGAGUUUGGUAAUUGCGUUGCUUGCUUGUUUUUAACGGUAGCGUGUUUUGAAAUAGUCUUAAUAGUGAUUGAGAAACUCGUAUGCGUUUUCGAUUUAAGCAUGCGUUCGAUGGUGAUGUCAGUCCAACAUCUUGACAUCGAGGCUAAAAAGCAGGUGAUGAAAAGAAAAGGUCUGAAGCACCAGGGUACCUUGAAUGUUUCCAUGAGAUCAUUUUGCAAGUCCCGGGAUCCCACAUCGUUCUAAACAGUUGUUUGGGCUAGGCAACCAAAGUGUUCCUGUGUCCCGAUCUAGUACUCAAGUCAGAACAUACGAUCGAGAUGCCGGUCUGGUGCCAUCAAAACGCACCAACAUCACAUUAUACGUCAAGACAAUGAGGCCGAUAUUCUUCAAUCUGCCGUACAUGGCAAGCUACGUCUACCUGUAUCACGCCCUUUGACUCUAAUUUACCGGCGCGCGCAAGCACCAACAUGUCGUCCAACACGACAUGCUGCACAGGCUGCG